AUGUUACACAAUUUGGCGAAUAAAUGGAAGGAUUCGUUCAAUCCUCUGAAUACUUUAAAUAAUGUCGGUUUUCAAGACGCAUCCCCUCUGCCCUUCAGACGCUAUGCUCGCCAUGAGACUCUGGAAAAAGAUCAUUGUGUGGCCGUCUACGUACGCCCGCCGAAGCCAGACGCCUAUAUCCUGAAGAUUUACGCCAAGCACGCACAAAGCGAACUUGCUUUCGCCCCCGACGCCUCAGAAACCGCAGACAAUCAGUAA